AUGAACUCGACGAUCGCUGAAGACAGACCGAGCAACUAUGCUUUGUCAGGUGAGAUGGAGUUGGAGGUUGGGUUGAAGUUUCUCAAUAGAGAAAUAGUGAUGCUUGCUAUCAAGAACCACAACAUCCAUAGAACUGCAAAAUACAAGGUGGUAGAGUCAGAUCAAACUCGGUAUGUAUGUCGAUGCAAGCAGUUUGGGGACCAAUGUCGUUGGAUGGUACGGGUUGGGUUAUUCAAAAAAUACGAAGGGCCUCACAGUUUGACACGCAAAGCAGGAGGCAAUUGCAAAAUUUAUGGUGAUUGGGAGGAGUCAUACGACCAGCUGCAAAGAUAUUUCAACGCAUUGCAAGUUUUCGUUCCAGGUACAAUCGUUGACCUGCAAACACGACCGUACUAUGUAGCCAACACAUUGGAUUGUGACAGCGUCAUGUUUCAUAAGGUUUUUUGGUCGUUUCUGUCGUUUGUUGAAGCCUUUAAGCACUGUAAGCCAAUGGCCUCAGUUGAUGGAACACACUUGUAUGGUAAGUAUACAGGGACCUUGUUGAUGGGCAUAGCGCAGGACGGGAAUAACAACAUUCUGCCCAUUGCUUUUGCAAUUGUCGAAAGGGAGAAUACUGACUCGUGGUACUUUUUCCUUACCAACCUCAAGAGACAUAUAGCGAUUCAACCAGGAAUAUUGCUUAUCUCUGAUCGGCAUGCAGCAAUAAAGGUUGUUUUAAAGCGGGAUGGGUGUGGAUGGAAACACAAUGUGAACUUUGUGAGACAUAUUGCCUCUAACUUUACAACAAGUUUCAAGAGUAAGAAAGCCAAAAGACACCUGGUCAAUGUGGCAUAUUCUAAAACAUAA